UGGAUUUAGUUUUGCUUCGUCAACAGACUAAGGACGUUAAAAAACAAACUUCUAAACCUGCCCUGCAACAAAACUCAGCACUGUACACUUUUUAUGACAGCUUUGGGAUUUCAAAGAAGCGGAGGUCAGGCACCCUUCAAGCCAGAUUCAGUUACUCAGGUGUCGAUAGAAAAGGAGAGGGAGGACGAAAGGGAGAAGGAUAGGAUCGCUCCUGGUUUUCCUGUUUAAACCUGCUGAGGAAAAGAGUGACAAAAAGCAAGAGAAAAAGGAUUUAGAGAGCAGCUCCAGCUGAGCAAAGGGCAGUGGUCUUACUAGGAGAAGUGCAUCAUGUGGGCUCCAACACCACAGCAAACGGACAGCUCCAAACCGUUAAAUCCUGGGAAGCCAAUUCCUCGACCAGGCCAUCGCAAAAGACCAAUGACAGACCCCAAGCCUCAAAAUGCAAAAACGUCGAAAAGGAGGAAAAUAUUACUCAGUAUUUUGAUAGUGGUUGUGAUUGUGGGAAUACUGGUCACUGCAGGAUACUUUAUUAAAAGGCUAAUUGACAGCAAAUACUUCUUCUGCAAAAGUUCAGUGAAGUUCAUCCCACUCGAUAAAGCCUGUGAUGGGAACAGAGACUGCUCUGGAGGAGAAGAUGAAAUUACUUGUUUAUCAUCAUUUACAGAAAACACCACAUUUCCAGUGCGCCUUACUACUUCUAAGCACGUCCUCCAAGUGUACAGUCCUGGCUCAGGAUGGAAGACCAUGUGCAGUGACAACUGGACUGAGAAGCACACUCAGACUGCUUGUCAGCAACUGGGGUACACAAAUUCCCCUACAAGCAGUACGGUCAAAGUUGGUUCUUUACAAUCCCUUCUGAAAAGUCAAACAUUCUGUGCAGUGGGGAACAAAAGUCCAAGCACACCAGUGCAUGAGGCCACUACUGAACGCCGGCUGUGCAGUUCUGGAUCUGUGAUCUCUUUGAAGUGUUCAGACUGUGGAGAGGUGGGCAAUCAAGACCGCAUUGUUGGGGGUGUAGAUGGCUUCAUAGAGGACUGGCCGUGGCAAGUCAGCCUGCAAGAAAAUGGUCAGCACAGGUGUGGGGGCUCACUGGUGUCCCCACGCUGGAUUGUCACUGCCGCCCACUGCUUUGCUGGCAAUGUAAGAGAGUUGAGUCGGUGGAAAGUGAUGUCUGGAGAGACGCACAUGAAUGCAAUAGGAGGCUCCUCGGUGGAUAGGAUCAUACUUCAUGGAAAAUACGAUACAGAUAAAAAUGACUAUGACCUGGCAAUGAUGAGGCUCAGUAGCCCGAUCUCAGUGGGAGACAAACGCAAGCCAGCGUGUCUCCCUCCUAAAUUUCUUGAAAUACCUGACAAAGCUGCAGUGGUUGUUACAGGGUGGGGGCUGUUGAAAGAAGAAGGUAAGGCGUCAUCAACACUGCAAAAGGCUAAUGUGGAGAUGAUAGCUCGAAGUACAUGUUCAAGCUCUGCCAUCUAUGGCAGCUAUAUAACACCAAGAAUGAUCUGUGCUGGCAACUUGAAGGGAGGUGUGGAUGCCUGCCAGGGUGAUAGUGGGGGCCCUUUGGUGUACUUCUCCUCGUUUAGCUGGGAUCUGGUGGGAGUGGUAAGCUGGGGUGUUGGCUGUGCACAACAAAACAGGCCUGGCGUCUACAGCAACGUGGAUGACAUGCUCAACUGGAUCUAUACAGUCAUUGAGAAGAACCAGUGAUCUUCCCCUCUGACAAGACACUUUGGAUGGCCUCAGGCCUUUUUACCCGGGAAAACUGUGAAACUAAAAACUGUUUAGCACUGCUUUAUGUAAAUAAGGGAAGAGAGAACUAAAUAUGCACAACUCAGUAAAACCAGCCAUGUUUUACAACAUGAAAAUGCAUGCAGACAUAAUUUAUUUCCAAAGAUUGGGCAAUUUCCUAUGUUUCUCAGGGAUCAUGUUUUGAUGUUUGUUGCCAAUUUAAGGGUGCAAGAGGUUGUAAUAGAUGUUUUAGCUUUUUUCUAAAUAACCUUAACAGUUUUGUCAGGACAAGCUAGUGUGAGUGGCUUCACAUAUUCUUUUAUUUUUACAUGUAUGGAUGUUUUUAGAGUGCUGGGUUUGAGAUUUUUUCCCAAUGAAGAAACCCACAUUUUAUUUUAUUUUUUUUACCAGAAAAUUAUCUGCUACAGGAUGAUUUGAGCCUUUUAGGUGUAAAUUUAGCAUUUUUAUAUUAUUUUGAAUGAAGACAGAUUAGUGAAGUUCUGACCCAGUAAGUAAGCAUUGCUAUACUAGUUAAUUGUCAAUCCUAUUUAUUUUUUGACAAUGGUAUCUUUAAAAGCACUGGUCAAACAACCUCCCUUUAUUCCUCGCACUUAAUAGGAAUGAGUAGCUUCUUUGGAAGCAAACAAUUUUGAUUUACCCACUGCCUCAAAUGUCUAACUGUCCUAGCAAUAGUAAUGAACCAUUGUUAUUGUUUGUAUUUGUUCUUAAACCUGUAAAUAUGUUUGGUACUUUCUCAAUCUUGCCUUUUUUGGGUUACAGUGAAAAUAAACUUGGAAUUCAUCCUUUU